AUGCAUAAGGAAAUUAAGAUCUACGUGGAUGACAUGAUUGCCAAGUCUAAGACUGAGGAAGAACAUCUCGUCAACUUGCGGAAGUUGUUCAAGAGACUGCAAAAGUACCAGUUAAGAUUGUUGGGCUUCGUCGUAAGUCAUAAAGGGAUAGAGGUGGACCCUAAAAAUGUAAAAGUCGUCCUUGAAAUGACUAAGCUGUGCACCGAGAAACAAGUCCAGGUGCUUGGGAGGCCUCUCAUCCUGUACAUGAUGGUGUUGGAUGAGUCAAUGGGAUGCAUGCUGGGGCAGCACGACGAUUCCGGAAAAAGAGAAUGGGUUGUCUAUUACUUAAGCAAAAAGUUCACAGCCUGCGAGAUGAACUACUCUCUGCUGGAAAGAACAUGUUGCACUUUGUUAUGGGCAUCCCAUCGUCUAAGGCAGUAUAUGUUGAGCCAUACUACUUGGUUGGUAUCCAAGAUGGACCCAGUCAAGUAUAUUUUCGAGAAGCCCGCUCUUACGACGCAGAUUGCUCGAUGGCAAGUUUUUCUAUCUGAGUACAACAUUGUCUAUGUCACCCAAAAGGCGAUAAAGGGAAGCGCCUUGGCAGACUAUUUGGCUCAGCAACCUCUCAAUGAUUACCAUCCCAUGCAUCUGGAGUUUUCGGAUGAAGACAUUAUGGCCUUGUUCGAAGAGAAGUCAAAGGAUAAGGACAGGGAUAAGUGGAUCGUGUGGUUCGACGAUGCGUCCAACACCCUAGGCCAUGUGGUUGCGGCGACUUUGGUUUCUCCCGGCAAUAAAUGCAUUCCCUUCACGGCCAGGUUGGGUUUCGAUUGUACGAAGAACAUGGCCAAAUACGAGGCAUGUGCCCUUGGGAUCCAAGCGGCAAUUGACUUCAACGUCAAGUUGCUCACAGUGUACGGAGACUCAGCCUUGGUGAUUCACCAGCUAAGGGGAGAAUGGGAGACUAGGGAUCAUAAGCUGAUACCCUAUCAAACAUACAUCAAGAAGUUGGUUGAGUUCUUCGAUGAUGUCUCUUUCCACCAUGUUCCCAGAGAGGAGAAUCAAAUGGUCGAUGCGCUUGCCACUCUAGAAUCUAUGUUCCAACUAACCCCGCAUGGGGACAUGCCAUACAUUGAAUUUAUAUGUCGUGGAAAACUCGUGCAUUCUUGUUUGAUAGAAGAGGAACAUGAUGGUAAACAUUGGUACUUUGACAUAAAGCGAUACAUCGAAGACAAGGAGUACCCACAGGAGGCUUCCGACAACGACAAGAGAACAUUAAGAAGGUCGACAACCGGUUUCUUCUUGAAUGAAAACAUUCUAUACAAAAGGAACCAUGACAUGGUUUUACUCCAAUUUGUGGAUGCUAGGGAGGCUAAACGCAUGCUAGUGGAAGUCCACGAGGGUUCCUUUAGAACACAUGCCAACGAGCAUGCUAUGGCAUGGAAGAUUCUGAGGGCGGGGUAUUAUUGGCUUACCAUGGAGAGCGACUGCUACAUCCAUCACCGUGGCCCUUCUCCAUGUGGGGAAUAG